AUGGGAGGAAAGACGGCAGUGGCUGCACUUUUCAGAAAGAAGAAAAAGAAGAGAAAAAGGAAAAAAAGAAUUUCCUUGGCGUACAGUGGCGUAGAAUCGACAAAACUUUUCACAUCUGAAGAAUUAGAAAUUGCAACUAACAAAUACGACGAGAGUCAAGUUCUCGGGCGAGGCGGCCAUGGUACAGUUUACAAAGGAACGCUGUCAGAUAAUCAUAUAGUCGACAUUAAGAAAUCUAAUACAGUUGAGCAAAAUCAAAUUGAGCAAUUCGUAAAUGAGGUAAUUAUUUUAUCUCAAAUUAAUCACCGGAACGUGGUGAAGCUCUUAGGUUAUUGUCUGGAAACUGAAAUUCCCUUGCUUGUUUACGGGUACGUAUCUUGUGGUACCCUUUACCAACAUAUCUAUUACAAGAGUGCUGCUGAUAUCUCCCCGCUGACUUGGGAUAUUCGUUUGAGGAUUUCCUUUGAAACUGCAAGUGCAAUUGCGUAUCUGCACUCUGCUGCGUCUCCACCUAUCAUUCACAGGGAUAUAAAGUCUACCAAUAUAUUACUGGAAGAAAAUUACACAGCAAAAGUUUCACACUUUGGAGCAUCGAGGUUGAUUCCGCUAGAUCAGACUCAUGUCAAAACACUAGUCCAAGGGACCUUAGGGUAUUUGGAUCCAGAUUACUACAGCACAAGUCAAUUAACGGAUAAAAGUGAUGUUUACAGUUUCGGUGUAGUUCUUAUAGAACUCUUAACAGGUAAGCGACCAAUUUGUUUCGAAAGACCGGGAGAACAAGUAAAUCUUCCAACAUACUUCACUUCAUUAGUAAAAGACAUCAAUGUUCUCGAAAUUAUCGAUGCUCGAGUUGCAAAAGAUGGGAACAUGGACCAAAUCCUUGUUGUGACAAAGUUGGCGAGGAAAUGUCUAAAAUUAAAGGGUGAAGAUAGGCCUAGCAUGCAGCAAGUAGCAGCAGAUCUUCAAGGUUUGAUAAUGUUAGAACCUGGACCAAACCGCAACGUUGGAACGACAAAGUUCCCACCUGAGCCAGUGGAUGUGGAUCUGUAUAGUGUACCAUUUAGUUCCACUGGUGGAUCUAGCUUGGCGACAAGUAUGACAAAUAUCUCAAUGUAUAUUGGAAGAUGA